UCAGUGAGUCUGAGCGGCUUCUGACGUUGAAGAUCUACCGCCGGGCAGCGAAGUUCGCAGCAGCGCUAGAAUGCGGUGUCCCAAGUUUUGGGGUCCAUGUUCGGUCAGUUUUUACAUUUGGACGGCUCUUCUUUUUAAAGGUUCCUUGCAGGGGGAACACCAGAGGAAGCUAUACAAGGAGCUGCUGGCCAACUAUAAUCGACUGGAAAGACCGGUUAUUAAUGAUUCAGCUCCUAUUCAGGUGGAGCUGGGCCUCACUCUCCUACAGAUUAUAGAUGUGGAUGAGAAAAACCAAGUGCUAAUGACCAAUGCAUGGCUGCAGCUGUACUGGACAGAUGUCUACCUGAGCUGGAAUCCAGAGAAUUACCCCGGUGUCCAGAACCUCAGAUUCCCUUCAGACCAGAUAUGGACGCCUGACAUUCUUCUUUACAACAGUGCUGAUGAGCGCUUUGAUGCCACAUUUCACACCAAUGUCCUGGUGAACGCUUCAGGUCACUGCCAGUACAUCCCCCCCGGCAUCCUGAAGAGCACCUGUUACAUCGAUGUGCGUUGGUUCCCUUUUGACGUACAGAAGUGUGACUUAAAGUUUGGCUCAUGGACUCACAAUGGCUGGCUUCUGGACCUCCAGAAUCUUGAUGUUGAUACCUCCACUUACAUACCCAAUGGAGAAUGGGACCUUGUGGGUGUGCCAGCCAAGCGUAAUGAGCUGUAUUAUGAUUGCUGUAAAGAGCCCUAUCCUGAUGUGACCUUCACAGUCACCAUGCGCCGCAGGACCCUUUAUUACGGACUAAAUCUGCUCAUUCCCUGUGUGCUGAUCUCUGGCUUGGCCUUGCUGGUCUUCUUCUUGCCAGCUGACUCUGGAGAAAAGAUCUCUCUAGGUAUCACUGUGCUGCUUUCACUAACUGUCUUCAUGCUUCUGGUAGCAGAGAUUAUGCCUGCCACAUCUGACUCUGUGCCUCUUAUCGCUCAGUACUUUGCCAGCACAAUGAUGAUUGUGGGAAUGUCUGUGGUGGUAACUGUCAUAGUCCUGCAGUUUCACCAUCAUGACCCUCAUGGUGGCAAGAUGCCCAAGUGGGUUCGUGUUGUUCUGUUGAACUGGUGUGCUUGGUUCCUUCGUAUGAAACAACCUGGUGAUGAGCGAAAGAGGCCCAAGCACAAGUACCGCCACGCCUCCCGGCAUCACUCCAGCACCAGCUCCAUUGAGAUGGGCACGAUGCCCAGUCUCACUGUGCCUCUGUCUCAGGCAUCAUGUCCACCUUGCCCAACAGCUGCUUCCAAUGGCUCCAUGAGUCUCUUCUUUGGCAAUUACCACUCCAUGGAGAGCCCACAUUGCCCACCUUCUAGUGACUCUGGGCUUACACUAGGUGGACGCACUCAUGGAUCUCCAGGUGAUGAGGCUGAGCCACCUGGGGGAGUUGGUGGUGGCGUUGGAAGUCUUGGGAUAGGAGUUGGCAUCCCCCCACCGGAGAUCAUGCGCAUCUUGGAAGAGGUGUCCUAUAUUGCCCAGAGGUUUCGUGACCAGGACGAAGCAGAGGCCAUCUGUAGUGAGUGGAAGUUUGCUGCUGCCGUAGUGGACCGGCUGUGUCUGGUGGCUUUCUCGCUCUUCUCCAUAAUUUGCACUUUCACCAUCCUCAUGUCAGCUCCUAACUUCAUAGAGGCUGUUUCCAAGGACUUCACAUAACUGCCUGCUGAAAGACAGAGAAAGAAGGAGGUGGAUAUAAUCAGAAAUCUGAGAAAGAUUUUUAGGUGAAAUCAUAGUCAAUGAAAAAUGUAUUUCCAAACCUUCUUAGCAGCCACUUGUUUAGAAGUAGGCUUGUAGUGUUUCAUUGGAAAAUGAAUAUUUUCUUCAGAAAAUUGUAAAUAAAUGUCAUACAAAGCAACGUUUAAAUAAUGUAAAUAUGUAAACAACUAAGGAAAUAUGAACUAAUUACAAUUCUGUGAUCAAAGAAAUAGCACCCUAUAUGUAUUGAUUUUUGAUUUUGAUUUUUAUAUCACUGAUAACUUACAGAACGAGGAUGCAGUAGUUUCAAAAACUGCACAGGGCUGAAAACAUUACUGACACAUUACCCUGCUAAUCAGAUUAAUUAGCAUUCAUACUAUAUUAAAAAUAAAGAAUGGAACCUUAAGAGAAAAAGCCAGCUGAUGCAUGUUAACACAAUUAUUUGAGGAUGAGGAAAUUAUAGAAAACCUAAGAUAAAAGACAGAUUUGCUCCUAAAAUAGCCUCAGUGAAAAAAUACAGUAUCUCCCCACUCACACAGUUUGAUCACAUUGAGGAAGGUAUUAUGCAAGCAUAAAAGGGGGAAGCCCUCUGAUGUUGUCUAACAUUGAAGUAAAUUAUUCCUAAAGCAAAAUGUUUGGCUUUCCUUAACAUCUGAGUUGUUUGCUUUGAGCUGAUUCAUGAAUUAAAUACCAGAUACUGAGAGCUGCUCUGUAAUUAUGGAGCAAGGAAAGAAAAUUUAAAGAAAACAAUCUGCACUGCUUGAUUUGCAAAAAAGAAUGACCAGGGAUGCCGCAAAGUAUUGCAUUUAUACAUUCAGGGAGGGCCUCCUAAUAUUUUUGCAAAUAGUUAUUUCCUAACUAAUUUAAUUCUUUCCUGUGUUGAACUGUGGACCUCUGGCCUACAGACUGUUGGAGAUUACCACUGCCU